UAUCGACAUUUCUCCUUAUGAAAGUUGUGAUUCUUAUCAACAUUGUAAAGCGUUGGUGGUGAAGGCGUUGUGUUGCUCGAGAACAAUUGGAGUGGCAGAGAGGAGUCUUAAGAACUUACAAAAUAUGAAGACACUUGUUUAUUCCAAGCCUUGUUUUCUUCAAGUGGCUAUUUCCUAUCCACAAUACUCGAGUCAAGAGGAAGAAGACUCCGCCAAGUCCUGUUUUCUUUAUUUUCUUCCUGUGGGACAAACUCGUGUUUCACAGUUGCGACGCUGUUCAUUCUUUUAUCGGAGAAAUAUGAAAGCAACUUUCCUAGUACCUAAAUGUUGUAGCUAUACUUGGCAUUGUUCUAGAGCUACUAAAAGGAACACUAUCAAAACUUUUGCUUUGCCGUUGUUUCGUCUUCUUUGUGCUUCUUAUAUCGCUCCGAAAAAGUAUCAACACCACAAAAUUCGUCGUCGUAUGGGUAAGAACAUAUCGUUUUUUAUCAUAUCUUGUACAGUGGGUAGUUGGAUUGGCCAGUUGUUUCGUUGGUUGCUGAUAACAUCGGUCUCGCUGCUCUCUUUGUCUCUUUCUUGUUCUGCCUCGAGUAUAGACACUCAAGGAUUUCGUCAACCAUUUUUUAACAGAUAUUUGUCGGCAGAAGUCACACUUCAUCCACCAGAGAAGUUGCCGUCGAAUUGGAAGAGUCGACCAGAAGACAAUGGAAAACACGAUCAUUUGUGUGAAAAGAGGAGAUCAUCUUCUUUUGUGACGGAAGCAGUGAAGGCAGUUGGUCCAAGUGUUGUACGCAUCGAUACGGAAAGGAAGAUAUCUACCGCCAAUGAUCCAUUAUUGGAGGAUCCCUUUUUUAAAAAAUUCUUUGGUGAUGAGUUUCAACGACAACUUCCAAGAGAAAGAACAGAAAGAGGACAAGGUUCAGGAUUUAUUAUUUCCAAGGAUGGUUUGAUAUUGACCAAUGCACAUGUGGUGAAGAAUGUAGAAAAAGUGACGGUAACUUUAACGGAUGGAAGAGCUUAUGUUGGUACUGUAAAAGGAACAGAUGACUUGUUAGACUUGGCAGUCAUUCGAAUCGACCCCAAAGGAAGGGAGCUUCCUGUGGCUCCUUUAGGCAAUUCGUCAGAGUUACAAGUGGGUGACUGGGUGAUUGCGUUGGGCAACCCAGUUGGUUUGGAUAAUACGGUUACUCUAGGUAUUGUAUCAUCUUUGAAUCGUUCAGCAGCCGAAGUUGGAAUACCUGAAAAGAAAAUUGAUUUUAUUCAAACGGAUGCUGCCAUUAAUCCUGGCAAUUCGGGAGGUCCUUUGGUAAAUGAGUUUGGUCAAGUUGUUGGUAUCAAUGCAGCUAUUCGAGCCAAUGCAGAAGGAAUUGGAUUCGCUAUUCCCAUCGACAAAGCAAAAGCAAUAAGCGAUGCGUUAGCAAAAGGAAAGAAAAUUCAACAUCCUUUUAUCGGUAUUCAAAUGUCGACUAUUACUCCCGAACUUGCAAAACAAAAUAAUGAAGACCCCAAUGCACCUAUUAUUAUACCAGAAGUAGAAGGAGCGCUGAUUGUUAGAAUCUUACCAAAGACUCCUGCAGCAGAAGCUGGUCUACGUAGAUUUGAUGUUAUACAAGCUGUAGAUGGACACAAUGUGAGAAGUGCAAAGGAAGUACAAUCUUAUGUCGAUAAUGUGAAGGUUGGUCAAGUCAUCCAUAUGAAAGUCGUACGUGGAGGAGACAAAACAUUAACUGUAGCAGUGCGAACAGGAGACUUGAAUAAUAUUAAAGAAUCAAAAACAGAGCCGAUAUUGGAAGAUGAAUAAAAGAAAAAAAACUGUGCAAGAUAUGGUUUGAAAACUCUCAUACAACAAUUCCCUUUCAUUCACAUGUCUUCUUUUAUUAGGCUACUUGCCCGUUGUGGUUUUGUGUUGUGUUGGACAAAUAGGAUAAAAAGAGAUACACUUCA